AUGCUGAUAUCGGAACGCGAGGCGAACUUCGGUGGAUGGAACCAGUUCCAGGUGAAACGGGAACAGUGCGACAGAAGCGGUGAGCGUAAUCGCAAUCCUGCGCGGAUAUCGAAUCGAUUCUAUCGCGCGGUAAUCGGCGGGAGUGCGCGUGCCAUCUGCGCCCCCCACGCGCGAUGGCGGGCGGCGGACAGCUGCGCGCGCGCCCCGCCGGGGGAUGUC